AUGACUAAAGGAGCUUUUAUUUUGGACAUGUUGUUUUUUCCUCUCAGUGCUGUCAGCCACCAAGGCUUUGGUGGAAAACGUCAACGUAGCCAUCAACGAAAUGUUAACCCCUUUCCGGUUUGGCUGAUAGGGCUCAUACUACACUUGACCCUCUCCUCGUGUCAGCGAGUCGAUAAAAACCCAAUAGUAUCCACAGGCUACGGAAAGAUACGCGGUGUCAAAAAGGAGCUCAACAACGAGAUCUUGGGCCCCGUGGAACAUUAUUUGGGAGUACCCUAUGCCACCGCCCCCAUCGGCGAGCGACGCUUCCAGCCGCCCGAGGCUCCGGGCUCCUGGCAGGAGAUCCGAAACGCCACCCGAUUUGCGCCCGUGUGUCCCCAGAAUGUGCACGGUGUGUUACCUGAGAUCAUGCUGCCUGUGUGGUUUACAGACAAUCUGGAUGUUGCGGCCACCUAUGUUCAGAAUCAAAGUGAGGACUGCCUUUACCUCAACAUCUACGUACCUACAGAGGAUGGUCCGCUCACGAAAAAGCAGGAUGAAUCCACAAUGAACAGACCAAGGGAUGAAGAUAUUCGUGAUAGACGUAAGAAGCCAGUGAUGUUGUUCAUCCAUGGCGGCUCCUACAUGGAAGGCUCGGGGAACAUGUUUGAUGGCAGCGUCCUUGCAGCAUAUGGAAAUGUCAUUGUGGUCACCAUGAACUAUCGACUGGGCGUCCUUGGCUUUUUGAGCACAGGGAACCAGUCUGCCAAGGGGAACUAUGGUUUGUUGGAUCAGAUCCAGGCGCUGCGCUGGCUCAAAGAAAACAUUGGCCACUUUGGAGGUGAUCCGGAGAGAAUCACCAUCUUUGGCUCGGGAGCUGGUGCUACCUGUGUGAACCUUCUCAUCCUCUCUCACCACUCUGAAGGUUUGUUUCAAAGGGCCAUUGCUCAGAGUGGCUCGGCCAUUUCCAGCUGGUCGGUCAACUACCGACCUGUCAUGUACACCAAGAUUCUGGCCAAGAAGGUUGGUUGCACUCUUCGUGAUAUGGCGGAGUUGGUGGACUGCUUGAGGAAGAAGAGUUUCAGGGAGCUUGUGGACCAAGACAUACAGCCUGCACGCUAUCACAUUGCCUUUGGACCUGUAGUAGAUGGUGAUGUGGUUCCAGAUGACCCAGAGAUUCUAAUGCAGCAGGGUGAGUUCCUGAACUAUGACAUAUUGCUGGGCGUAAACCAAGGAGAAGGCCUGAAGUUUGUUGAUGACAAUGAAGGAGAAGAUGGAAUAUCUGCGCCUUCGUUUGACUACACCAUCUCUAACUUUGUCGAUAAUCUUUACGGAUAUCCUGAUGGUAAAGAUAUACUAAGGGAAACCAUAAAGUUCAUGUAUACAGACUGGGCCGACCGGGACAACAGUGACAUGCGUAGGAAGACCCUCUUGGCUCUCUUCACAGACCAUCAAUGGGUGGCUCCAGCUGUGGCCACGGCCAAAUUGCAUGCAGAAUUCCAGUCUCCCGUUUUCUUCUACACUUUCCACCACCACUGUCAGACCGAAGCAAGGCCUGAUUGGGCUGAUGCAGCCCAUGGUGAUGAGAUACCCUAUGUGUUUGGAAUUCCCAUGGUUGGCGCCACUGACCUAUUCCCAUGUAACUUCUCCAAGAAUGAUGUGAUGCUCAGUGCUGUGGUCAUGACGUACUGGACGAACUUUGCCAAGACGGGUGAUCCUAACCUGCCAGUUCCCCAGGAUACCACGUUCAUCCACACCAAGCCCAAUCGGUUUGAGGAAGUCAUCUGGACCAAGUUCAGCUCCAAAGACAAACAGUACUUGCACAUCGGCCUCAAGCCACGUGUCAGAGACAACUAUCGAGCCAACAAGGUUGCCUUCUGGCUAGAGUUGGUACCGCAUCUCCACAGCCUCCACAAGCAAAUGAUGGGUACCAUCACGACACCGCCACCACCUGGAAGGAACCGCGAUAGGUCAACCACACCCCGGGUACCCUCAGGUAUCUCCACCUAUCCGCCUGAGCCGGACGGUUCGGAGAGACCCCGUAACACUCCCUUCCCUCCUGAGACGAGGGACUAUUCCACCGAGCUAAGCGUGACUGUGGCGGUGGGCGCGUCUCUCCUUUUCCUCAACGUGUUGGCCUUUGCUGCACUCUACUACAAACGAGACAAGCGCCACGAACUCAUGCAGAGGCGUCAUCGUCGCCUGUCCCCGCAGCGCGGCGCCACGAUGGGCAUGGGCUUGGGCGUGGGCAUCGGAGUAGUAGGGGCCCCGCCGCACAACGACUUGGCCCUUAGCCAGGAGGAGGAGCUGAUGUCGCUACAGAUGAAGCAGCAAAGAGGGGAGCUGGAGCAUGGCACACCUCUCCCUUCCCGCGGCAUUCAUGGUGACCUGGAACCUUUGCGGCCCCCGGUGUGCCCGCCUGACUACACGCUGGCGCUCCGUCGGGCGCCGGAGGAUGUGCCGCUCAUGACGGCCAACACCAUCACCAUGAUCCCCAGCACCAUCAGCAGUAUCCAGCCCCUCCAUCCCUUCAACACGUACCCUCCCGUCCCAGCCCCCUCCACUACACCCGUCCCCAGUCACAGCAACAAUGCCUUGCCACACCAACACUCCACUACUCGUGUAUAG